AUGGUUGCCAUUAGUUCAUUAAUAAGUUCAAUAACAAUUUGUUUUGGCCUACCUGUAUUUAUUUGUGGUACUCUAGGAAAUUUACUUAAUAUUCGUCUAUUUUGGAGAACUAGGCAUAAUCCAUGUGCAUUUAUACUUAUGUUUCUAUCAUUGAUUAAUUGUAUUGUUUUAUUUUAUGGUUUAUUUGCAAGAAUAUUAAGUGUUGGUUUUCAACUUGAUUGGUCAACUUCAAAUCGUAUUUGGUGUAAAACUCGUGCUGCUUUAACUCCUGCAAGUUUUCUCAUUUCAUUAACAUCUAUUUGCUUAGCAAGUAUUGAUCGAUUUCUUGUUAGUUGUCGUCAAGAAAAAUACAGAAAAUUGAGUCAAUUAUCGUCAGCAAUAUGGGCAACUAUUCUGAUAAGUAUAUUUUGGUUUUCUCAUUUUGUUCCUUAUUUAGUAUAUACUGAAAUAUUACAAAAUCCAAUUACAGGUGUAAUAUCUUGUGUACUUAAUCAAAAUGAAGCUUUUGCUAACUAUCUAAUAUAUUUUGCAUUUCCUGUUUAUUAUGGUUUAUUACCUAGUACAAUACUUAUUAUAACAGGUAUAAUGACAUAUAGAAAUACAACUAAAUUACAACUAGGUCGUCAACGACAAUUAAUUCAAAGGCAAUUAACAUCAAUGAUGCUUAUAUUAAUUCCAAUAAUACUUUUUUCAACAUUGCCAUAUGUAGUAGUUACAGAAUAUAUAAUAUUGACUGCAACAAUAACAAAAUCUGCUGAUCGAAGAGCUGCUGAACUAUUGAUUACAAAUAUUGUUACAAAUAUAUGUUAUAUAACAUUUGCAUGUCCAUUUUUUGCUUUUUUAGUUUCAUCAAGAUCAUUCAGAAAAGAAGCAAAAAUGUUAUUUUUAUGUAGAAAAACACCUUCGUGGAGAACUAAUCAAAUCGAACCGUAUCCUACAAGUAAUAUCAGACAUAUAUAA